CAGUGCGAUGUGGGCCAGUCGGGCAGUAGUCUCUUUCAGAGUGACAUAAUAAAAAUUAUCACCGUUCCUAUAAGUAUGCGAGGAGAACCUGUAAAUUAGAAGACGAGGAGAGAUGGCAGCACUAGGAACGUUGGGUGUGUUCUUGACAGCUCUGGCGAGUGUAACUGCCAACACAACAGCAACUCGUUAUGUUCACUGUGGUUUUCAGAGAUCUAUGCAAUUUGGACAAACCAUCUCUUUCCAGUCUCCCUACUAUCCUCACGAAUACCCCAGGCCUUUAGAAUGCAUAUGGACUUUCGUCGCACCAGUCAAUGCACGUUUACAGGUAACCUGUCCCAAUUUGUUCAUAAUGCCGAGUCAGAAUUGCCAUCUAGAUGAGUUUUGGAUCUUUCCCAGUGCAAAUAUAAACAAGGCAGACGGCCGUUAUUACUGUGGAAAGAAUUACAUAGAUGUGAUUAUCGAUAAUAACAUUUUUUCUGCGGCAUUCUUCACUGAAGAACUGGUCUACUACACCUACUACACAGGCUUCAGUUGUAAUGUUACUGCAAUAAGUAAGAAGUCUAACACGAAAUGUGGUGUAAAGGGCGCUUCCAGGGUUGUAGGGGGACAGGACACAGCUGAAAACGAGUGGCCAUGGCAAGCAGGAAUCCGUCGCUCACUAGAUGGCACAUUCUUUUGUGGUGCAGUCCUGAUUGAUGCCCAGUUGCUGCUGACGGCAGCUCACUGUGCUGAGCCUUUUAGUGUGAACGAAAUUUUUGUCAGCUUGGGGGAUCACAAGAUGAGUAUUGAAAGUAAUACAAAAUUCACACAACACAUAGCUGUCGCAAAAAAGAUUGUGCAUGAAAAUUAUAAUAGUGUUACAGUAGAUAACGAUAUUGCCCUCCUGCAACUUACUAGACCCGUCAUAUACAAUGCUGGCAUCAAGCCGAUCUGUCUGCCGUGUAAAUUUACCUCGUACAAGAUGAACGGAGAGAAAGGGACCGUGUCUGGAUGGGGAACUACUACCUAUGGAGGGAGGCCGAGUGAAGUGUUGCAGGAGGUGGAGCUACCCAUACUUACAACUAAAGAGUGCCAACAGUAUUUGAAUGAUACCGUGACGGACAACAUGAUAUGCACAUACAGGAAAGGUUACGACGCCUGUAAAGGGGAUUCCGGGGGUCCGCUGAGCUGGUUGAAGGAUGAUCUAUACCAUCUGGUGGGAGUGGUGUCCUUCGGUGACGAAUGUGCUAAGGAGAACUCCCCGGGCGUCUACACCAAAGUUACCAACUAUCUAAAGUGGAUCGAGGGGAAGACUUCUGUCAACUUCUGCCCGUCUUAAACAGCCAAAUUGUUUAUGGAAACAAAUAUACUGUCUUAAGAUUAAA